GUUCUUGUUUUACUUGAUAGAUUCUGCAAUUUCCACUUCUUUUUCCUUUGAUCUUAUGCUUUUUCUUUAAUCGUUUUUGUGUUAGAUUUGGAAAUUUCGCUUCUGUUCUGUCCAGAUUUUGGGCCUAUUCUAUUGACUAUUCAUACGGUUGCUUUAAAAGAAGAAGACUGCAACCCAUUAAAGAAUAAUUAAGAAAUUUGUUCACCAUAAAUGGAAAAAAAAUUUACUAGGAAAUUUGCCUGAUAUACUUGAAUAAAUGAUUACCAACUUGAUACCAAUUCUACAAUUGCUUUUAUUAUAUGUAAUAGAUAGUUUGCCUGCAAUAAGCAACAGAUUUUGGUCUCAACUAAUUUAUGUUGAUGGAUUUUAUUGAUAAAUUAACUGGUUGAUCAAUCGCUUUCUUUAUGCUUAAUACGAUGUUUCAAAGUUUUGGGUUGCAAAAAUUGCCCUAAUAGUUAGCUUAUAUUUUAGUCAAUGAGAAACUUUUUUUUUUAUGGUGGAUUGCAGUUUAUUUCAUUACAGUCCUAUGAUGAUUAUUGUCUUUAAGGUUCCUUUCUUUAGGGAACUGGACCCUACAGCACAUAGGGUUGUGGGAUGCAAAGGAACUCUUUUAAAGUAAAGCAAUAAUAAGACAGUACGGUCCAAUCAGUUUUUCAAUAUAUAAUGUGAACAAUGUAAGAUUAUGGGUCCAAUUUUGAAGAUAUUGAUGAACUUAAGAGAAAAAUAAUAAAAUGGAAGCUGUUGUCUUUGUUGUAAUAACAAGAAAUUCAUAGUAUUAGAUUGUAUUCUUUUGAGUGAGAAUUUCCAUGAAAUCUCAAUUUCUUUUAUACAUAAGCCAAAACUUCAGUAUAUAUUUCAGUUUUAGGCAAAUCUUUCAAUUGCAUUAAUUACAUUCUUGACUUAAGACUGUUUUUGUUAAUUGUGGCUAUUAAUUCGUUGUUAUUAAUAUUUAUAAGUUAGUUUUAGAUUGCAAAUCUUCCUUGGCAAGUUCUCUUGACCAUCAAAAUCUUUGGCUAUUCGAUAUGCAUUAAUCCAUUCUUUGUGGUUCCGUAUCGAUUUUGGCGUAAACUAGUAAUUCAUGGGCAUAGUGUGACGCGUCCUAUGAUGUUAAUGUGUGUAAUCGACUCCCAAUUCUAUUUUGGAUUCCAUAUCAACUUCUCAAGUACAUGUAAAAUUGGUACUUGUCAUAUUAACUUCCUAAGUUUGAUGAUAUAAUUGGUGAAAUGAACACAUGGACUUUUUUGGGAGAUUUUCUAUUAUAAAUUCAAAAAGCCGAUUUUAAUUAUUUUUCUAAUCUAAAUGUUUGUUUCAACUUGACAGCUGAUCUUAUAGUAGUGUAAAUGACAUGUUAAAAAAAAAAAGAGAACUAAUUAAUCUUCUCUUAAACUAUUAUGUGUCUUUCUUGUUUCUCUUCCAUAUUCCUUCCAAGAAGGUUUUCUAUUGUUGCCCAUAAUGUUCCUUACUCAUUAAUUGUUUGUAGUUGAUGACUAGAACCCAUUAUUGUAUAUUCGCCGAGGUUCACUAAUCUAAUCCCAUGUCAUACUUAAAUUUUCUCGUAAUUCAUCUGUAACCUUAGCUUCCUUAGCUUGAUCAAUUGUUAUGGUAGAGCCAAUCUUGUAUCAUGUUGUUGUUUUUUUUGUCGUUGUUGUUCUCCAAUAGCUAACAAAAUUACAUUAUCAAAACAUGUUUGCUUUUGUUAUUUGAUGCAUUGAAGAGGAAAGUAGAUGGCUGCAACAAAGUGCUAACCACAAAACUGGUUUUUUACUUGUUUCAUUGAAUAGUUUUUAUGUAGAUGCAUUAUCUUUUUUUUACCUAUUAGAUGACAAACAUUAGGAGAAACGGAACCCCAUAAAUCUUGUGGAGUCUAUGUGACAAUCAGCUGCGUGCUUGUGGGAAUCCCACAUCGGCAAAGUACGGAAAAUCAAAAUUGUAUAUAAUAGUUGGGACAAAACUACUAAAUAAUUUGGAUUAACCAUUUUGGGCCAAGUGAGAAUUAGAUUCAAAAAGUUAUUUGGAUUAGUUUGGGCCGGGCCGUUUCAGUCUAGUUGCUCAAGCUAUUCUUGUUUGCAUUGGUACCUGCUUUGAGUAUAGCAUAAUAAUAUUACUUCAUGCUAAUUCGAUAUAUCCUCAUCUCGUUGACAAAGAACUAUGAUUAGGCUUCAAUUGAUCAACCGGAAAAUGUGGUUUGCUAAUUAUGGAGAUAAAACUAUCUGACAUUACUAAAAUAUUUGCUUCAGUUUGUGUAUUGUGCUGCUCUAUAGUUUACCAUUUGAAUGUAUCUUUCCAUGCCUGUCUUAGAGUCACUUUUUCGGAGUUACUCCAUGAGGUGUUAUUAGCUUAUGCAGUCUACAAAGUGAGUUUUAUUAUUGUUAAGUUGACUUAUAAUUUUACAGUCAAUCCUACUAUUGAAAAAGCUUAUUUGCAUUAUUGGACAGAAUUUUAUUUUUCCAAUUGAGAAUGGAUCAAGACAUGUUAAAUAAUAGUUUUGGAUAAAAAGAAAUAGUGAUACUGAUGGCAUAAUCUGGUUUUUGCCACCAAGGUUACAUACAAGGAAAAAUCUUGUUUCGAAUUAUAGAUUAUCUAGAGAUUGUUCAUAGUGAGAUAGGCAGAUAUUGAAUUUUUUUUUUUUUUGAUAAAUACUGAACUGAAAAAAAUUCAGAAUUCUGCUAUGUAAUGUAUUGAACAAGUUCAAAGUUAAGAAACAUAUUUAAGCAAUAUUAAAUGCAUUGACCUCUCAAUUAGGAUCAAAUAUUGGUGAAGCUUUCGUGAGUUGUCUGAAAAGAAUAAUAUGAAAAUUAUUUUCUUGUUUAUUGGUGUGUUUUUAUGCUUCUAGAAACCUUCUCCAAUCGGUCAAUCCUUACGAAUGCUUUUGGGAUCAUCACUUUCUUCUGGAGAGGCAGAAAUGAUCUUGGAUGCUUUUAAUCAUAACACAAAUGUGGUGUAUAUUUGCAUGUGGAUAGGACCCUCUUGUUGCAAUUCAUUUGGAAAGAGUUUAGAUGGAUAUAUAGAUAGAUAGACAGACACAGAGAGAGUGAGAGGGAGAGGGAGAAGCAAGAACAUGGUUUAGGUUGGAUCAUGUAGUAGACCGAAAUGAAAUUUCUUCUGCUAGAAAAGAGAAUCAUUGGAUUUAAAUUGCAUAGAGGCUUGCCUCAAAAUAUAGCUUGAUACUAAAUUAGACCAAAAAGUUGUUUUUGAGUCGUUCUGAUCUUUGGUUGUGCCUGAACUCUGCUGCUAAAUUAUGGCGGCUUGCUUGAUCCUAAGAACUCAAGUUAAUAAGAUGGGAGCUUUGUUUUGAAGAUAUAUUAAUAGACCAAACUCUCAGGAGUCUAACCUGGUGAGCCAGUUACCAUGAAAACGGAAUGAGAUGUUUUAAACAGAAGUUGUAGUUAAAACCUUUUGAAACUUCAGUUUGGAAUCAAAGAUUUCUCAAGAAUUCAAUUUAAUUCAUUUCUUUUCUAUCAAAUAUCUUGUUGGGAAUGUAAAACUUCAUUUCUUUUUUAACUUAUAAGAUUUUUAUUUUUGAAGAAGAAAAUGAAAUCAUACAUGAUUUUGUAAGAAUUCAUUUGAAUUCUUUUCUUGCCAAAUGAAUUGUGUCAAAUGGAGGGUUAAUGAUGCUAUCUUCUUCUUAUGCCACUUGUCUCUUCUGGAUUCUCUUUUAUGCCAAUUCUGCUAGGAAUUCAUGUAGGGAUGGCUUAGUUCCUAGCCGUCCCUUACCUUCCCUCUUAUGCUUUACCAUUCCUAAUAGUGGAUUCACUACCUUCAGAAACUAUAAACUUGUGCAAUUUGUCAUUAUUUAAGUUUCAACUUAUUUUGCAAUUUUCUCUUCUGGAAGUAAGCCAAGGAGCUGAAUUAUUUUCACAAAGGUUUUGGAUUAGUCAUUUGUUCAUGCAUAUUGGGUUUACUUUGGUUUUUGCCUAUCUCCAUUCCUUGUUUUUCUUGGGCAUCAUGAGUGAGAUAUUGUGCAGAUGUUAACUAUAUUAAAGCUGUUCUUGAAAUUAAAGCUGUUUUACCUAUUAAAAACCUUCAUUUUUCAUGCUUUUGGCUUCUAGAUUUUCAAUCAUUGUGUGUAUGUAUGAGAGAGAGAGAGAGAGUUUAGAAAGUAGUUUCUCAUUGACCCAGCAGUAGCACUACUAGGAUGCUAAGUGCUCAUUCAUGUGACUUGGAAAGUUGAAAAAAUCUCAGAUGAAAAAAUUUGUGGGAAAUUAUGAUUCAUUAAUGUUGCAGUCAUGGAUUUAAAUUGCAGUUGUGGCUACAUUCGUGGUCGUGUGGUCGUAUGUUGCAGGUAAUGGAAACAGGCCUAUAACAAUCGUAAUGUAACAACUUAUCUCUAAGCAAAAUUUUCAAAAAUAAUUGUAGAUACGAGUAGAACUGAUAUGAUUACAUGAUAAGCAGAAAUGCGUCGAAAUCAAAUAAAGACGUUCAAUCUGUUGGUGGUAAGCGCUUGAUUCUAUGAUUGGUAUCAGAGCCAAGGUCAUGGAUUCGAAUCCUAGCAGGUGCUGGGGAGGGGAUUGUUGGUCAAGUGGGCCAACAUCCUGCUCAGAUCUUUCGAAUCAUGGUGCUGGGGCUUGCUAUUCUAUAAGGAAUUGGAUUUACACCUCUGCCAAUAGUUUAAGCUUUUGGUAUGGUGGUAAGUGCUCGAUCCUACACAAUCCUUAUUGUUAGAUAUCAUUAGCAAUAAUCAAUUUAAAGUUAUAGAUAGUGAAGGAUAAUUCUUCACACUCUAAAUUUGACAAGAAUACUUGGCAUCCAACAUAAUUUUCUUUGACAAAUAAGUAGAAAGUACCAAAGCUUUUUAUUCUCGAGGAGUUCAUUUUAAUAUUUUCAUUAGAAUUUUUUCAUCAAUAAUAAUAAAAUGCAGCCUUGUGAUAAAAAUUCACCCUGGUUGGCCGAAUUUCUGGUUUGCCACUGUUUCUUGCUGUAAUGGCUUCAUCUUGAGCGGAUGGUUUCUUCUACCAAUUACUGUAAAGAUGUAUAUCUCCCCUUGUUGGGAACGCGAUGGGGAAAGAUAUUGUGAGCAUGAUUUCGAGUGGCGAAACUGCUGUGAUUGAAGAAGUUUCGGAUUCGAACAGCACCACGUAUCCAUCACUUAUGAGCAGAGAAGCAAGACUUGACAAAAGCAUCUGCACUACAAAAUUCAGAGGUGUUGUAGCACAUCAAAAUGGUCACUGGGGCAGUCAAAUAUAUUUCGAUCACCAACGUAUUUGGCUUGGAACGUUUAAAUCUGAGAAGGAAGCAGCUAUGGCAUAUGAUAGUGCUGCACUAAAGCUUCGAAGUGGUGAUUGUCGCCGAAAUUUUCCAUUUACUAAUGUCACAGUUGAAGAACCAAAAUUUCAAAAUUUGUAUAGUACUGAAGCAGUGUUGAACAUGAUAAAGGACGGAACUUACCAACACAAGUUUGCUGAUUUCCUUAUGACUUGUACUCAGAAUUCGAAUGCUGAUCUUAGCCCCAAGCUUAUGAAGACACAAAGCAAGAGAAUACUAACCUGCAAGCAACUAUUUCAGAAGGAGCUAACACCAAGUGAUGUCGGUAAGCUUAACAGACUUGUCAUUCCAAAAAAGUUUGCUACUAAGUUCUUUCCAAGUAUGUCGGAAGUCGACCAAGAAAAUGGUGUUGAUGAUAGGCAGCUAGCUUUCUAUGAUAAAGCAAUGAAGUUGUGGAAAUUUAGAUACUGUUAUUGGAGGAGCAGUCAGAGCUAUGUGUUCACAAGGGGUUGGAAUGGAUUUGUGAAGGAAAAGAAGCUGAAGGCUAAUGAUACCAUCUGUUUUAGCUUAUGUGAGUGCAGAGAAAAUUCAAAAGUUACUCAAACAUAUUGUAUGAUUGAUGUGAAGAAUGGUGAAGAAAGAAGUAGCUUGUUGGGGUUGGGCAGCCAAUGGGUUGAUAUGGGAGUGGAAUUGCAGCUUCAGCUUCACCUUGGCCAAAGUUGUGGGCAGGAUUGUAUUGAGAAGAUGGAGGAGGAGGAGGAGGAGGAGGAGGAGGUUGUUGAAAGAGGAGGAUUGGUGAUGGCUGAGCCAAGGAGUGAGUGUGCAGAUACUAAGGGUUUCAGACUCUUUGGUGCUCGAAUUAUCUAAAACUGAAGAUUUAAGUUUGUGUAAAAUUUAAUUCCUAAUUUUCCAAUUAGUAAUACAUUCUUCAUUAGUGUAGGUUUAGGUUUAAUGGUUUUGAAAGUGAAAAUAGAAUUUAAUUUUUAUU